UCAUUUGUCUGCAAUUAUUAUUUUAAUUUGUUCCUCAAUAAAAAUAUAAAGGCGCCUGCACUUCUAAUUCGUUAUAACAUUUAGAAGAAGUAAGGUGUGAGUAUUGUUCUAGAUUUCAAAAGGACUAAUAAACGAAGAAGGCGUCAAACCAAAAUGGCCGCAAAGCCUGAAGAAAAGGGCACGGAUAUACCAGAUCGCCUUUUCGAUUCAAAUGCGGCCAAAACCUAUAUGCGCAUGCGCUUUUUUGGAAAGGGCGGCUUUGCGAAAUGUUACGAAAUAAUCGAUGUGGAAACUGAUGAUGUCUACGCGGGAAAGAUUGUCUCCAAGAAGCUUAUGAUAAAGCACAAUCAGAAAGAGAAGACGGCUCAGGAAAUCACAAUACACCGCAGCUUAAAUCACCCAAAUAUAGUGAAGUUUCACAGUUAUUUUGAGGAUAUUAACAAUAUAUAUAUUGUACUUGAGUUGUGCAAAAAAAGGUCAAUGAUGGAGUUACACAAGCGACGUAAAAAUAUUACGGAGUACGAGUGUCGCUACUACAUUUUUCAGAUUAUUCAAGGCGUAAAAUAUUUGCACGACAACCGUAUCAUCCACCGUGAUUUGAAACUUGGGAACCUCUUUCUAAACGACAUGCUUCACGUUAAAAUUGGUGACUUCGGCUUAGCCACACGCAUUGAGUAUGAGGGAGAGCGUAAAAAGACAUUAUGUGGCACUCCAAAUUAUAUUGCACCAGAAAUUUUAACUAAGAAAGGUCACUCAUUCGAGGUAGACAUUUGGUCGAUUGGAUGUGUUAUGUAUACCCUGUUAGUAGGUCAACCGCCAUUUGAAACGAAAACACUCAAGGAUACGUAUUCAAAGAUAAAAAAGUGUGAAUACCGGGUGCCAAGCUAUUUACGAAAGCCUGCAGCCGAUAUGGUCAUUGCCAUGCUGCAACCAAACCCGGAAACACGACCUACAAUUUCUCAGCUCCUUCACUUUGAAUUUUUAACAGCUUCGCAAGUACCAAUGUUUCUACCUAGCUCUUGCUUAACAAUGGCUCCACGCAUUGGUAUUAACGACAUUAUUGAGGAUCCAUCUCACCGUAAACCUUUGAUUGAAAUGAAUGGUUUGAAGGACGAUACCCGUCUGGAGUCAACAUUUCUCAAAAACAACCUUCAUGAUGCCAUUACUGCUUCAGCACAAGUGUGUCGUCAUAAUGAGGACUAUCGCAGCGAUAUAGAAAGCCUACAUCAACAAUUGUCCAAUCUUAUAAAUGGAAAGCCUCGAUUACUGCAAGGAAAUCUGGGUGAUGAAAAUACUGAUCCAGCUGCGCAACCCCUAUUUUGGAUAUCAAAAUGGGUCGACUAUAGUGAUAAAUACGGCUUUGGGUAUCAGCUUUGUGAUGAAGGCAUCGGUGUCAUGUUUAACGAUACAACGAAAUUAAUUCUAUUGCCUAACCAAAUUAAUGUACACUUCAUAGAUAAGGACGGCAAAGAGACUUAUAUGACAACCAAGGACUACUGUAAAACUCUAGAUAAAAAAAUGAAAUUGUUGUCGUAUUUUAAAAGAUACAUGACUGAGCAUCUGGUCAAAGCCGGCGCCAACAAUGUCAACUUUGAAAAUGACCAGAUAUCUCGAAUGCCACAUUUGCACUCUUGGUUUCGAACUACGUGCGCAGUUGUUAUGCACCUGACCAAUGGCUCCGUUCAGCUUAAUUUUUCGGAUCACAUGAAGAUCAUACUUUGUCCACGGAUGAGUGCCAUUACAUAUAUGGAUCAUGAAAAAAACUUUCGUACAUACCGAUUCUCAAACAUACUUCAGAACGGUGUUUCAAAAGAUCUUUACCAAAAGAUUCGCUAUGCUCACGAAAAGCUUAGAAAAAUGCUUGAAAAAAUGUUUGUUUAAAUUGAACAGGAGCUCGCAAUUGCAUAUUCUAAUUAUGAUCAUGUAAAUCUUUAGGUGACAGAUAAAAAACCGCUUUUCAUUUAAAAAAAAUACAGUUUUCAGGAACGUUAGGUUUUUUGCCAUUAAACGACUUCAAGGUCCAAGGUCUAGCUCAGACUUAUUUUUACGUUAUCGUUAAAUAUUCCAUUUUAAUAAAGUAUCGUUGUUUGUAUUUUACAAGCA